AUGGGCCAUUGGCUUGAUCCAGCAGGCACUUCUUGCAAUCUUAUAUGGGAAAUGUACUAUUGCAGCAAUAAAGUUGCGUGUUUUAAUAAUGGCACAGGAUAUGCAUUGGAGCAGAAGUAUUUAAUUGUUUCUGUUGUGUGCAAAUUGCAGAUUCACGGUGAAAAUACAGGAGACUUUUUUGACACCUACGCAGCAGCAUACAUAUCUGAGGCAGAAACAAACCGAACUGUGUACAUUUCUGUGUGUGACGAUGACCUUCCGGAGGCUGAUGAGACAUUCAUAUUUUAUUUGACAUUACAGGUAGGCACUAAUUUUUCUGACUAA